GUUGGAACAAAAACUGUUUAUUUUUUUUAUUUUUCUUUAUUAUUAUUUUUUUUGGAAUUUGGGUCUCCAUUUCAAGAGAUGGAUUAUUGAUUUUUCUGGCAUCUGAAUGAGGUUGGAAUUUGAUUGUUUACAAAGUUGAGUUUUUAUGGAUUUCUUUUUCCUUUUUUGUUUGGAUUUUAAUUGAUGCAAUAGUUGUGAUUUUUCGCAUUCAUUUGAUUGAAUCUGAAAUGGGGUUUUAUGUUUUAAUUUUAUUGUGAUUUUUAUGUGUUCUUUUUUGUGUUGCAUUAAUGCAUGGAAUGUUGCUUUUUAGAUUCUUUUGAUUGAAUCUGGAUUUUUUUAAAUUUGUUGAAUUUAUUUAUUUUGUUAAAUGAGAGAAUAGCUUGAUUGAUUUGAAUAUAUGAAUUUAAUGGGUGUUUUAGGUGAAUGAACGGUAAAGGUUGAAUUUUUUUUAAGGGUUUUGGGUUGGGAUUAAUGCAGAAAUGUUGGUUUUUCAAUUCAUUUUGAUUGAAUAUGAACUGGUUUAUUAUUAUUAUUAUUAAUUGAGUAUUUUCCUUUUUGGGUUGAAUGAGAAUAGUGUUUGAUGAGUUGCAGAGAUGAAUGAUGAGGGUUGGAUUUUUUGGGUUUUUGGUUGGGCUUAAUGUAGAAAUGUUGGUUUCUGAAUCCAUUUUGAUUGAAUGUGAAAUGGGUUUUUUUUUAUUAAUUGAGUUUUUUAAUUUUUGAAUUUUGGUUGAAUGAGAAAAGUGUUUGAUGAGUUGCAGAGAUGAAUGUUGAAGGUCGGAUUUUUAUGGGUUUUGGCUGGGAUUAAUAUCGAAAAUGUAGCCUUUUCAAGUCAUUUUGAUUAAAUAUGAAAUUGGUUUUUUAUUCAUUGAGUGUUUCCUUUUUGGGUUGAAUGAGAAAAGUGUUUGAUGAAUUGCAAAGAUGAAUGAUGAAGGUUGGAAUUUUAUGGGUUUUGGGUUGGGAUUAAUGUAGACAUGAUGGUUUCAUUUCAUUUUGAUUGGAUAUGAAGUGGGUUUUGAUUAAUUGAAAUUUUUCUUUUUGAAUUUUGGGUUGAAUGAGAAAAGUGUUUGAUGAGUUGCAGAGAUGAAUGUUGUUGGUUGGACUUUUAUGGGUUUUGGGGUGGAAUUUGGGCAGAAAUAUUGGUUUUGAAAUCCAUUUUAGUUGAUGCUGAAAUGAUCUUUUGAUGGUUCUCACCCCCCUUACGGUUUUUUGGGUUCAAUGAGGGUAAUUUUUUAUGCAUUUGGAGAGAUUAUUUUAUUGGGAAUGGGUGCAAAUGGUUGGAUGCUAGAAUUUUAUGGAUUUUGGGGUUUAGUGAAUGCAGAAAAGUUGGCUUUCCAUGUUCAUUUGAUCGAAUCUGAAAUCAGGUUUUAUUUUAUUUUAUUUUUUCUCUAGUGAUCAAAAGAGUAAGAGCUUGAUUGAAUGCAAUAGCUUUUUAUGGCUGAGAUGUAGUUCAUGGGUGGAAUGAAUGCAAAAGAUUAGAUUUUUAUGUGUUUGGGGAUCAAUAAAUGCAAAAACCUUAUCUUUUCAGAAUCAUUUGAUUGAAUCUGAAAUGGGUUUUGAAUUCUUUUCAUUUAGCAAUUUUAUUUUGGGAGAGGAGAGGUGGUGGGGUUGGGAAGGCGAUUAUUCUUGUUUUGUAUUGACGAUUGGGGGCCCAUAUUCAUAAUACUGGUUUUCUUCACUCUUUUCAGGAAUUUGGAGCAACAGAAAUAUAACAAAUCUGGUAGCGGGUAGCCACUUAUUUUGGGGUUUUUGGCAUCUGAAUUUCUAUUCCUCUUAAUAUUUCAGAACGAUUGCUCGAAGAGAGUGACAACAACCAUUAUUCUUGAAAUAUUCUGUAAUUAUGGAAGUUGUUGUGGAAGAAACAGCCACAGAAAUGGAGGAAAUGGAUAGAGAUGCAACGACAGAAAUGGAUAAUGAAGCUUCUCCCGGAACUCCACUCAAAGAAACCCGUAUCUAUAGAACCCAUUUCCCAGGCACCGUAAGACAGAAAGCUUACAUAUUUGAUGGGUUAGGUAACUAUUUUACAAAGGAUUGGGAUAUAACAGAAGGUACAGGGAGAGAAUUCUGUUGGUAUCAUGUUGAACUUCCCAAAGGAAAUCAGAGGCUCACUUUAUCUGCCCAAUACCUUAUUGAAAUUCUUUGCCCCCCAUUGAUACUCCAAGAGAUUCUCAUGCUCAUUAGCAACGGACCAUUUUUCGGGCAAAUCAAUGGGGCGCUUAUUUUUCGGGUGAAUUCACCAGGACCCGCUGCAAGCAAUUUCACCCUUAGGCUUGCAGCGAGAGUAACUGAGGGUUCAGUGAUUACCGUGUCUUUGGGCCGUAUUCCUAGAUUGGGUUUCUCAGAGACAGGUCAAUCUCUUCUUUCAGAGAUCCCUAGCAUCGAGAACCCCUGUUUCGUCAGAGAUGAUGAGAAGAUGGGGCAGACUGUCAUUAAGGAGCAUGUUCUUGAGCAUUUGUUGACGAUGAAUCAUUCUGAAGAAGCCGAUAAUCCGGUGCCAAAAACAAUCUCGAAUCUUGUUGUGCACAUCGUCGACAUGCACAUGGAUCACGUUCAGGAUAUAGUGACCAAGCUUGAAAUGGAAUUAGACACGGUCGAGCUCGAAUUAGAUAAAGGUAGUAUUGCAGUGAAGACGCAAAUGCUGGAUGACAGAAGAUUCCCCAAAAUGCAUCUGAAUUUGCAACGCCUCCUGCAGGUUGUCGCUCAUGGGGAGCAGGUCUUUCCACGUGUAAAGGAAAAAUGUGCUGUGAAAAGUUGGUUUGCAAAUGAAGACAUUGUCUGUCUGGAGGAGACGAUUGGACGUCUAAGGAGGCUAAAAGAAAACAUGGGAUUUCUAGCCAACCGUGUCAUGGCUAUUCAAGCUAGUCUGGAUAGCUGGCAGGCCGAGCAAAUAAACCGGAAGCUAUACUAUCUCUCGUUCCUUUCAUUAAUCUUUCUUCCAUUAUCAAUUAUCACUGGAGCAUUUGGAAUGAAUGUGGGAGGUGUACCAUGGACAGGGCAAAAGGACCCAGAACUAAAAGAUGGGUUCCGUAACGUUUUAUUGUUAUGUGCUGCGAUGGUGCUGCUUCUAUUGCUUUGCUUCACCUUCCCAAUUCUCAUCAAAAUAGUCCAUGAUUGGAAAAGACGGAGAGCAUUUAGAAAGAGCUAUUCUCUCAAUAGGAAGUCAUUCUUAGGGAGAAGGAUUCUCCGAGGUGGAUUGCCAAAUGGCGGUUAUGUCCGACUUUGAGCAAAGUUACUGUGAGGGAAACUCGUCUCACUUAUACUCCCCUUGAAAAAGGCGGCAUUGUCGUAAGCUGGUUUCAAAGAAAAUGAAUUCGCGACUUUUCGGAAUCCUCGGAAGAACUCGGUCUCUCUAAAUGAUCUUGUUCGACUCUAUCAAAAGAGAAGUUGGCUGUAGAUCAAGAAUUCCUUCCGUGAGAGUUCAAUCCACCCACAAAUCAACAUUGAAAUUGAAUCAGGCUCAAGACCCAGUUUCUCAUUGAAGGUGGGCCAUCAUUCGAGGCUUUUAUUUAUUUAUUUAGUUCUAAUUUGUUUAUUCUUUGUGGGUUACAGAGAUAUUCUUGUUUUGAAUGUAAUGCGGCUGUGAUUGUACUUGUAACAUGUUUUCACUGAAUUUGUAGAUAGGUUUUUAUUCAUCUGAUGAACAGAUGGGGUCUUCUUUGAUUUUAACAUGUUUUCAAUGAAUUUCGUAGACUGUAUUUUAUUCUC